AUGCUCAGAGACAGCAGUCGAGCGAUACGCACCGCUCUGGUCGCACGUACACCCUCAAACCCCCUCACCACCUCGCGGCGAGCCUUCGCAACGACCUCCAUCCGGACCAGCUACUCGGACACGAUUUCCAAUCUCGCCGCUGGCCCACAUUCGAACGUCAUCGUCCAAGGUUUCACCGGCAAAGCAUCCACUGUUCACACCCAAAUCUCGCUUGACAUGGGCACGAACGUUGUUGCUGGCGUCUCACCCGGUAAGGGUGGCAGCACGCAUCUUGGUGGGCGGCCCGUAUUCAAUUCUGUCCGCGAAGUCUUGGAUGCCGGCAUUCGGGUGGAUGCCACUUCCGUGUUUGUCCCGCCUGCGCUCGCGGCGGAUGCGAUCAUCGAGGCGAUUCGGUGCGAAAUCCCCCUCAUUGUGAGCGUCGCCGAAGGUGUGCCUGUCAAAGACCAGUUCCGAGUCAUGGAAGCGUUGCAUGGGCAGUCCAAGAGUCGUUUGGUCGGUGCCAACAGUCCGGGGUACUGCAAUCCCAGGGGAUGCAGGAUGGGCAUCGCCCCCAUGAUCACGUGCGCUCCGGGACCGGUGGGCAUUGCGUCUCGAUCCGGCACGCUCAGCUACGAGGCUGCGUACGCAACAAAGGGCCUGGGCCAAUCGUACAUUUUGGGACUAGGAGGAGACUUCUAUCCCGGAACAAGGACCGUGGAAGCACUGCAAUUUCUGUUCGAAGAUGAGGACACGAAGGCCAUUGUGCUCGCGGGAGAGAUCGGUGGCACCAUGGAGGAGGAGGUGUACGAGCUGCUGAACGAUCCCAAGUCCAAGUACAGGCAGCAAGGGGACGGCGAGGGAAGGUUUGUCAAGCCCAUCGUGGGGUUCAUUGCUGGGCUCAAUACGCCACCCGGUCAGAUGUUUGGCCAUGCAGGCGCCAUCUGGAGGGACGAUACGAGCAGCGCGGUGGAGAAGAAGCGCAUGUGGCAAGAUGUCGGCAUUCGCAUGGCAGAUGCGAUCGCGGACGUUGGAAAGCUCAUCAAGGAGGAGAUGGACAAAUAUGGAGUCAAGGCAUGA